UUCAAAUAUUUUUAUCAAAAGGUUUAUCAAACAAAAAGUAACGAUUGGGUAGUUAUUGACACAUGGUCUGAAAGUCAGAAGAGUGACUCGUUUGUUUUUACUGAAAAAUUAGUUUCUGGUAAGUAUACUGCUAUGGCAACAGGGAUCUAUUAUUUGUCUGCUAAUGUUAUUUUUAAAGACAGCAAUGGACCAAUUUAUAUUAUGAUAGCUGUCAAUAAUCAGUUAUCAAAACGAACUGCUUUAUAUGCAACAAAAGGAAAACCAUCAGUAGUUCAAGACAGUCUUAGUGUGUCUGGAGCCUUAUUUAUUAAAAAAGAUUCUUAUGUUAAUGUUUAUGUUAUGAUUGAAAAUGAUAAUAGCUGGUCCAUAGAUAUUGAUUCAACUUUUUCAAUGGUGUUUCUUGGGUAUCAGACAAAUAUUUUUGGUGUAACAACAGUUCUCACAAAUAGUUUAGCUUACACUACAUCUGGUUGGUUUAAGAUUGGAAAAUGGAAAUCUCAAACUGCAGCAGGUCCAUUUUUUGAUUUUGGGGGAGGAUUUAAUCCAGACACUGGAGAUUUUGUUGCUCCUAAAGCAGGUUUUUACAUUGUGAGUGCUGGAAUAAAAAUGGUUCAGGCAAGUGCAGUUGGUUCUACCUUUACUUUAAAUGUUGCUGUUAAUGGAAAUCCAUCUACUUUUCAAUACCAAAAUGGAAUACAAGAUUAUCUUCAAAAUGGUAAUGUUGCACCUACUACAAAUGAUUUUUACUCAUUGGUUGUGUCUGGUUUGGUAUUAGUUAAUGCAGGUGACAGCAUUGCACUUUAUAUUCAAUCUGUUGCUGAUCCAUCUUAUACAAUAAGUCAAGACAGCUUUAUGUCAAUCGUUUUUAUUAGCUCUACUAAUGAUUUAUAUUCAUCUGGAAUGCAGUUAAUGCUAGAUCCAACACUUGAUCAACAGCAGAGCGCUUCUGAUUGGUCUAAAGUUAAAUAUUGGCAGAGCAACCGGGUGAGGACUGCAACUGGUGUUUUCAGCAGUGGAAAUCUUCUAAAACUAGAUUCAGUCAUGGGUACAGUAACAGUUCAAGAGACAGGAAUUUAUUAUAUUUUUGUAAAUCUUGCUAUUGCUCCUGAUUUGAAUAAUUAUCAAAUAGCUGUUUUCACAACAUUAACGUCUGUCACAUCACUAAUAACAAGAUUUAGUGAUAAAGAUCAUCCUCAAUACACAAUGAAGAUUUACGGUGCUUUAUACCUGUAUAAAGGUCAGGAGCUAUCGAUUAGGGUUAAACCCUCAGCUUCAAAUGCACAAUGGGAAAAUCUCCGCUCUUACAGUGGCUGGUCAUUUUUCAGAAUACCACCUUAUUUGCCAAUUCCGUCUGUUGGAACAGGCAAACCUAUUGAUUUACUUCCAUUUAUAAAACCUGGGUAUUAUACAAGACUAAGAAAUUGGAAUGUUAUAAUGUCUACUGUUCUUGGUGUUGAUGGAGAAGGUCUUAACCAAAGGGAUGGAGUAUAUACUGUUUUUUUAGAUGGAGUGUAUUUAGUAUCAAGUACUUUAGUUAUUAAAACAAACGAAAGUCAAGUUUCCAUUGGAAUAAAGAUUGGUAUCAAUGCAGACUUAAGUGAUUUUUCAGUGGUUAAAUCUGGUAUUGGUCCUUCAUAUUUAUAUCCUGUAUGUUCUGGUAUUUGUACUAUUUCAAUAACACAAGCAGUGCAACUUUUAGUUGGUCACACUGUUGCAAUUUUUGUCCAAUCAAAUGCAUUGACAACAUAUUUUUCUGAGUUAAGCGUGUUUAGUCUAAAGCUUAUUAACCCUCUGAGAUCUUUAGACGGUUUCUCAUGUCAGUUAUCAUCUGAAAUACUGAUAAGUUCUUCAGGAGAUCAAAAAAUAGUGGGAUGGUCUGCUGUAGAGUCAAUACAUUACACAAACUUUACCCAAGCGAAUGAAUAUAUUAUUUCUAAAGGUGGUGUAUAUUUAGCUGCAUUUAAUAUGGAUCUUAUAAAUGUUUAUGGCUUUGUCAGUAUUAAACAAAAUUUGGGUACAUCUUUAAUUAACCUUUUUGAGUACUACAAUGAAGGAUUGUUACCAUUUAGUCUAUCAUCUACUACUGUAGUUUCUUUAAAUGUUGGAGAUGUGUACUCAUUAAAAAUUAAUACUUUGACUGAUAAUUCGUAUUCUAUUGGUAAGCCGUCAUCAACUUCAUUAACAUUCAUUGGCGAUGAUACUUAUGGAUUUUCUGCAGUGCAGUCUAGAAUUAAUAGUAAUUUUUACAAUCAAAGCAAAUGGUAUCCCAUUAAUGGCUGGAUUACAAAUGGAAGUUCUUGGUUAUUUGAAUAUGGUCGGGGGUUUCUUUCUAGACAAGAUUAUAUUGUUGAAAAAUCUGGAUUUUACUUUAUUACAGCAAAUAUAAUAUUUGAUAAAGCUCAAUAUGAAAACAUUUUGGAAAUGGUUGUUGUUCUUAAUAAAGUUGACACAGUUUUGUAUGAUCAAAAAAUACUAUCUUUAAAAUCAUCCACAACAUCAACGGUUCGUGGAGGAGUUUUUUUAAACAAUUUAGAUUAUUUACAACUUCUAAUAAGACUUAAUACUAACAAUGAUAAUUUAAUAAUCAAAAGAGAGUCAUCAUUUUCAAUUGUUCGAAUUGGAUUUGAUACCCUUUCAACAACUUGUGUUGAUAAUGGACCUAAUAUUCUUGAAAAUCUGUCUCACAAAAAUGCGCGACUGAGUCAGGGUGAUAACUUGAAUUUGGAAAUUUCUGCUACUGGAAGUAAUUUGACUUAUCAAUGGCUGAAAAACUUUGAGCCUUUAAAGGGAAUGACUUCACAGGUUUUAAAAAUGAUAAAUUUAAAAACUAGCGACAGUGGAUCAUAUACUUGUGAAGUAAUUCAAAAUACGAUAAGAGUGUCUAGCAGUAUUGCAAUAAUAAUUGUUUUUGAUCCGUAUCCUGUAUUUUUGAACCCUUCUUCUGAUUAUAGUUUAACAGUAAUGGAGAAUGGACCUAAAAUUAAGAAUCUUCUGAUUAUUUCAGCAAGAACGCAAAGUAAUGAAUCUAAUUUUGAGGAAAUGUUUUUUGAUAUUAUAUCAGGCAAUGAUCUUCAAUACUUUCAACUGUUUCCAAACAGAUCUUCAACAGGUACAACACUACAAAGAACUCAACAGUUAAAUAGAGAAAUGAUAAAAAGCUUCCAAUUAAAGAUCAGAGCCUCUAAUACAUUAAACCCAAAAUAUAACACUGUUCAAUUAAUAUGGAUCACAGUUGUAGAUGAAAAUGAUAAUUCUCCUAUAUUUGAUAAAACAAACUAUAAUACCUCUGUGUUAGAAGGAUCUCCUAUUGGAACAGUAAUAGUUCAAAUACAUGCAAUUGAUCCUGAUGAAGGUCGCAAUUCAAUUAUUGUCUACUCUAUUUUGCCCAUUAUUGAUAGCAGAUUGUUUGCAAUUGAUCAAUAUACUGGGAUAAUCACAUUGACAGAUAAUCUUGAUACAAAUGUAAAAUCAGCAUACCUGAUUAUAGUUAAAGCUAAUAAUUUAUUGGGUUCUUUAAACUCAUCAUAUGCCCAAGUGUUCAUCACCAUAACUAAUAUAAAUAAGUUUGAACCUUACUGGUUGAAGGAUACAUACAACGUUGAUAUAUCAGAGUCAGUGACUCCAGACACACAGAUACUACAGUUGCUGGCAGCUGAUGAAGAUUCUGGAACUAAUGGAUUAAUAAAGUAUGAAAUUGUAAGUGGUAAUGAAGCUAAUUUAUUUGAUGUUAAGUUAACUGGCAUGUUGGUAACAAAGGGUAAACUAAGUUAUGAUUUACAAAAUAUUUAUCUAAUAAUAAUUCAUAUUCAAGAUGGUGGGUCACCUCCUAAGUCUGCUGUUAAAAAUGCAACGGUAACAAUUAAUGUUCUUAACUCGAAAAGCAAUAAUCCAAUAUUUGAAAAAUCUGAAUAUAUUACAACUGUGAUGGAAAAUACUUCAUAUUUUGAUCCACCAUUUGUUGUGAAAACAGUUUAGACAAAAGACUAACAAUAAUGUAUAGCAUACCUCCCAACCAAAAUGUUUCUGAAAUAUUUGAUAUUGGUAUUUUAACAGGAAUUAUUUUACUCAAAAAGCCUCUUGAUUAUGAAAAAGCAACAUUUUAUAAGUUUAUUGUCCAAGCUACUGCAGCCGGUACAAAUGCUGCAGCAAAUGCCAAUAUUCUUGUAAAAGUUCUUGAUGCAAGCAACAAAGUUCCUUUUUUUGUGGAUUCUUAUAAAAGCAUAAACAUAGAGGUAAAAAUAAGUGUUGGGAGCAUAGUUUAUAGAGUGUCAGCAGUUGAUAAAGAUUCAGG